AUUCAAAAGCCAGUUGCGGGCAAGAACUGAUCAGCCAUGGGUACAGCCACGACAGCUACCUAUCAAAUCAUUGGCACCCAACUUUAACCUCCGCCCACUCUUAAAAGUUAAAACACCUCGGGUUCCAACAUCGGUCGUUUCCGUCUGUGGAAAACAUCGGUCUCAUAUCAGUAACGCGAACACCAUGCGCCGUGGCUCUCUGUCCAUGCAAAUCGUUCGGGACGCGGCAUUGCGGACCGUACUCCGACAGGAGCCAAGACAUGCCCAGCUUUCCACAUGUGGACCACAGGACAAUCUCCGUGCACUCUCGGGCUGGCAAGCCAUUCGGGGCCGGCCGCAUCCCCUAUCGCCCCUUGCCUACAUCAAUGUCGCCUGAUUGCACCCUAUUACACCACCCCUGAUCGGUAUCUCGCGAAUCGCGACGCUGAUCAGCGGUAACAAUCACCCGUCCCUUUCCCCGCUUCUCCAAGUAUUUAGGCAGAGUGUGGGGAUGUGGGGCACCCCGGCUUCCUCUCCAUCCUUUUCGACCUGGUUCACGCACCCAUGGAGUCUUCGCUCGAGAAAGGAGAGAUCAUCGCAGAUGAGAAGGGUGGGGUGGUGCAUUCGACGUCGUCUCAGCCGGCGGGCUCGCACAUCUCUGGUCCGGAGCGCGCGGCUCUGGAGAGGAAGUUGCUCUGGAAGAUCGACUUGCGGAUGAGCAUCCUCAUUGUCAUCUACAUCCUCAACUACAUCGACCGGAAUAAUGCCGCUGCUGCGCGGACUCGAGGCCUUACCAAGGACCUGCAUCUCAAGGGCCAAGAAUUCCCGACGCUGCUGUCGAUCCUCUACGUCGGCUACAUUCUCAUGCAAGUUCCGAGCAACAUGUUCCUGAACUACAUCGGCCGCCCAUCGCUCUAUCUUCCUUGUGCCAUGAUCAUCUGGGGUGUUAUCUCCAUUCUCACCGGCAUCACGACAAACUUUGUCGGUGCCCUGCUGACGCGCUUCUUCCUCGGCUUUGUCGAAGCGGCGUUUUUCCCGGGAGCACUGUUCCUGCUCUCCAAGUGGUACAAGCGGGAUGAGAUUGGCCUGAGGACGGCCAUCUUGUAUACCGGCAGCAUCAUCAGUAAUGCAUUCGGUGCCCUGAUCGCCUCCGGGAUCCUGCACAACAUGGGGGGCAAGUUGGGCCAAGCCGCGUGGAGGUGGCUGUUUUUCAUCGAGGGAGCCUUGACGGUCUUCGUCGCCAUCGUAGCUAUCUUCGUUCUGCCCGACUUCCCCGCGACCUCGAAAUGGCUCUCCGAGGACGAACGCGCACUUGCACUGCAGCGCAUGUCGGAAGACGUCGGUGUCGGCGACGAGGGUCAGACUGAGCACGGAGCGAUGCAGGGGCUGUGGUUGGCGUUCUCGGAUUGGCGCGUGUGGUGGCUCGCUUUCGCGCUGACUGCGCAGGUCAUCGCGCUGUCGUUCAACGCCUUCUUCCCUACUCUCACUGCAACACUCGGCUACAAUCCCACGGUGACUCUGCUUUUGUGUGCACCUCCGUUCGGAUUCGCCGCGAUCGUCACAUUCAUCGUCGCGCGCCACUCGGACAAGGUCAACGAGCGAUGCUUCCACAUCGUGGGCUCCUUUGUCGUCGGUCUGAUCGGCUUCAUCAUCGCUGUUUCGACCAUGAACACCGCGGCUCGGUACAUCUCGCUCUUCCUGAUGGCGCAGUCCUAUGCUGGUUUCGUCGUUCUGUUCGCGUGGUGCUCGAAUACGUUCCCCCGCCCGCCGUCGAAGCGGGCCGUCGCACUCGCGCUGAUCAACGCCUUCAGUCAGCUGGGCAACAUCUCUGGAAGCUACGUCUGGCCCUCCGCAUGGGGCCCGACGUACGUCCACUCGUACGCUAUCUGCAUCGGUUGCUCUGGCGCGUCCAUCAUCAUGUGCCUCAUCUUCCGGUGGGUCCUCAAGGCCGAGAACCGAAAGCUGGAGGAGGCAGAGGAGGAGAAGGGGGUCAGGACAGCGGGCUUCCGCUACAUACUAUAA